GGUCAGAGUUCACGAGACUAGACAUGUGUUCCGUAUGCAUGCAGGCCAGGCAGGCUUUUCGCUUGGCUUGCAUCAUUCGGGUCGAGUCUGCGUAUGUUAAAUACUGUGUCAGCUUUUAACCUAAUUUUAGUAUUCCUUGCAUUCACCAGUGUUUCCUUUGGGCUUGUAUGGUUGAUACACUGCCAUCAGAAUGUCUGAAAUUGUUACCAAGUACACUGAACGUGCUGCUAAGCAGGAAGCAGAGAUUGCGCAGUUGAAACAGGAAAUUUGCCAACUCCAGAAUGGAGAGGUGAUGGAUGAGAAUGACGACUCCUCGUCAGAGCUGAACCAGCUCAGGAUUGAGAACCAGAAGCUGAAGUAUCGCUUGGCGCACCUGCUGAGGAGUAUUGAGGAGGAACAGAAGCAAUCUGCCACGACGGCCGGAAACGACACUGCAAUGACAAGUAUCACUCAGCAGCUAGAGGGCGUCUUUGCAUAUGCCAUCAUGGCCGCUUUCCCGGAUCUGGUCGACCCCACUGUGGCGGUGGAGGCCAGCAAGAGUGACCGCUUUGGUGACUACCAGUGCAACAGUGCCAUGGCUAUUGCUCAGCAAUUGAGAGCUCUUGGAAGGAAGAUUUCACCUAAUGAAAUUGCUCAAGCUAUUGUGCAGAACGUGCAACUCAAUGACGUCAUAGAGAAGGUGGAAAUCGCCGGCCCUGGUUUCAUCAACGUCCACAUCAGGCGCCCCUUCGUCUCCACGGUGAUCAGCGACAUCCUAACCAAGGGGGUGCGGCCACCCAAGACAGACCGCAAAAAGCGGGUCAUCAUCGACAUGUCCUCUCCCAACAUCGCCAAGGAGAUGCACGUGGGCCACCUGCGCUCCACCAUCAUUGGCGAGAGCAUCGCUCGACUCUUGCAGUUUGCUGGUCAUGACGUACAGAAGGUCAGUCAUUUUGGUGACUGGGGCACCCAAUUUGGGAUGCUCAUCGCUCACCUCCAGGAUCGCUUCCCAAACUACCUGACGGAAUCUCCUCCAAUCUCAGACCUGCAGGCCUUCUACAAGGAGUCCAAAGUUCGCUUUGAUGAAGAGCCCGAAUUCAAGAAGCGUGCCUACUCGUUGGUGGUCCGACUGCAAGCCAAGGAACCCGAUAUCUACAAAGCAUGGCAGUUGAUCUGUGAUAUCUCAUACCGAGCUUUUGAUGAGAUCUAUGAUCGCCUUGGCAUUAAGGACCUCGUACCUUACGGAGAAUCCUUCUACCAAGAUAUGAUGGUGGAGACAGUCCAGGACUUGGAGAGCAAAGGCUUUCUAGAAUUGGACGAAGGCCGGAAGAUCAUGUUCACUGACACUGGUACUGUGCCCUUGACGAUUGUCAAAUCAGACGGUGGCUUCACGUACGACACGUCGGACAUGGCGUGCCUCAAAUUUCGAACGUUGACAGAGAAGGCUGACUGGGUACUGUAUGUUGUUGAAGCAGGGCAGAGCGUACAUCUGGAGAAUAUCUACGCUGGUGGGCGCAUGGUAGGAUGGUACGACCCAGCCAGAGUGCGGGUCGAACAUAUCAAGUUUGGAGUUGUCUUAGGCGAAGAUAAGAAGAAGUUUAAGACCCGUUCGGGGGAUACUGUGCGUCUUGCCGAUCUGCUAAAUGAGGGGAUGAAACGAUCACUAGACAAACUGCAAGAGAAGGAACGAGACAAGGUGUUGACGACAGAGGAGUUAGAAGCUGCUCAAAGGUCAGUGGCGUAUGGAUGCGUCAAGUAUGCCGAUCUGUGUCACAAUCGCAUUAAUGACUACGUCUUCUCCUUUGACAAGAUGCUGGAUGACAAGGGGAACACGGCCGUGUAUCUUCUCUAUGCGUACACCCGAAUCAAGUCCAUUGCUCGCUUGGCCAAGGUAGACGAUGCGGCGGUGCUUCAAGCAGCAGCCACCACGCCCAUCGACUUGACCCACCCCAAGGAGUGGAAGCUGGCCAAAUGCCUGUCGCGCUUUCCGGAGAUCGUCGCCCGUAUCCUCAACGACAUGCUCAUGCACACACUCUGCGAGUACCUGUAUGAGUUGACCACGACCUUCACCGAGUUCUACGAUGCCUGUUACUGCGUUGAGAAGGACAGAAAAACAGGUGAAAUUGUUAAAGUUAACAUGAGUCGCAUCCUUCUAUGUGAAGCUGCGGCAGCCGUCAUGGCCAAGGGAUUCUACAUUCUUGGGAUAGACCCGGUCAGCCGGAUGUAACUCAAGCCAGAACUGGGUUGGACUCCAAUCCCAGGAGGGUGCCCGCUGACAUUUUGACUUGUCAGAUCAUGGUCCAGAUUCAGAUUCUGGCAGAGGCUUUUAAACAUCAGAAAGAAAGAUAAUACCAUCCACAUUUUACUUAAAGAAAAAAAAAACCAGGGUUUACAGCCUGAUCGGGGACCUUGCUUUCCAAGAUUGUUUACAAAAUCAUGGACUUGGAUCACAUUCUGACAAGGGGGAACAGACAUCUCUUAUUAUGGAGGUGCCUCCAUUAGUUAGACUGGUUGCAAAUCCUUACCAAGGAACUGUGUUUCAAUGACCUCAUGGAUGAGUUUUGAACUGCAGAGCUCUACUAAUCAGGGCUCGAAUUCAUGGCACUGUGAAGCACAUGAUUUUAUGUCUACAGAGGCUCUUUUUAUUCCAUAGAGACUUUAAGCACAACACUUUAAGCACAACAAAAGGCAUGCUUACCUCGGAAGCAAAUUUCGCUGAAUUUAAUUUUCACAUGCAUACACACAGUUUUUUUGCUAAGCACUUGCAACCCUGAAGUAUUUUCCAUGAAAUACACUUACCAUUGAGAAAAUUUUUGUUCUGUGGUUAGCACAAAAAUAGCGGUAAGCCGCGCCAUGAAAUUGGGCCCCGGACACAUGUCAUGGCUCCUUUUACUGUAAGCCAAGAAUUUCUACUCAGCAGAAACUUCUGCAGGUUUGGCAGGUUAGCAAAGAGUUUGGGUUUAUGCGCAUGCAGAUGUCCCUCAACCAAGGAUUCUAUGCUAAUGUCUUUCGUAAAUAAUCUGACUGCUAGCAGAUCAUUGAAAUUUAGUUUUUGGUGAAAAAUCUGGGAACAGCAUUACCGGUGAAGCGAGAACAUUGAUAUGUAGUUAUAAACUAUGUUCUUCCAAAUUAUGGAAACCCACGUGCCCUAUUCUGUUGUUGGGAGGUUUGAUCUGGAGAGGAUUCCAGUGAGUAACUAUUCCAUUUUUGUAAGAGUUUCUUUUCGGCCGCCAAUAGUUUCUGUAUUUGUUUUCUCCUAUAAUAGCCUGUUCCAGAAAGGGAAGUGAUGAGCAUAAUUUGUCAAUAAAUUUGGUAUCAAAAUACCAUAAUUAAAACCU